AUGGAAAACGACCCGAAUAACACUACGGCGGGUCGCGAGACGGGGCGGUGUAUGUCGGUGGCCGCCAUGCAGGCGCUCCACCGGCUGCGCGAGUGCCGGCUGCUGUGCGACGCCAUCGUGCGGGCGGACGACGGCGCGGCCUUCCCGGUGCACCGCGCCAUACUCUCCGCUUGCAGCCCGUACUUUCUGGCACUGUUUACAACAACUCUUCACCGGCGCGAGCAGAGCGACGUGGUGAUAUCGGGUGUGCGCUCCGAGAUCCUGCAACUCCUGAUCGAGUACGCUUACCUCCGGCGCAUCGACGUCUCUGACUCCAACGUUCACGAGCUGCUGAUGACCGCCGACUACCUGGCCUUCCUCGGAGUACUGCAACUGUGCUGUGACCAUCUCUACAACUCGCUGAAUCCGAAAAACUGCUUAGGGAUCAUGAUGUUUGCCAGGCGCGUCUUCUGCUACAAGUUAGAGGCUGACUCUCGGCGUUAUUUGCUGCGCUACUUCGUCACCGUGGCGACCCAAAGCGAGGAGUUCCUACACUUGCCUCUGGAGGAGCUGAACUCUAUAAUUCUGGAAGACGAGCUCAACGUGAAGAGUGAGGAGGUGGUGUGGGAGGCUGUGCUGCGCUGGGUCAAUUACAAUCCGGAUGAACGCUGGCAGCACACGGUCAAACUGAUGGGCAGUAUAAGGCUUGGAUUACUGGAUACGCAAUUCUUUUUGGAAAACGUGAAAGAUCACCCGUACGUGACCGGCAACGAGGGCUCCCGCCCCAUCAUCAUCGAGACGCUGAAGUUCCUCUACGACCUGGAGAUGAUCGCCCAGAGGGACGGGGAGGUCGCCACGCCGGAGAUCGCCAGGCCCAGGGUUCCCCAUGAGGUUUUAUUUGCAAUUGGUGGUUGGAGUGGAGGCUCGCCGACAGCUUUCAUUGAGACGUACGACACCAGAGCAGACCGCUGGAUAAAGGUAGAGGAGGUGGACACCGCUGGCCCCAGGGCCUACCACGGCACCGCGGUACUGGGUUACUGCAUCUACGUGAUCGGAGGCUUCGACGGCAUGGACUAUUUCAACUCUUGUCGUUGUUUCGACGCUGUCACUAAGACUUGGAGAGAGGUAGCGCCCAUGAACGCUCGCCGUUGCUACGUCUCUGUCGCUGUGUUAGGAGAGACGAUAUACGCCAUGGGGGGGUACGACGGUCACCACAGACAGAACACGGCGGAGAGGUUCAACCAUCGUACGAACCAGUGGUCGCUGGUCGCUCCGAUGAACGCCCAGAGGUCCGAUGCCAGUGCUGCGGCGCUUGAUAACAAAAUCUACAUCACCGGCGGUUUCAACGGCCAGGAGUGCAUGAACAGCGUAGAAAUGUACGAUCCCGACGUCAACCAGUGGACCAAUUUGGCGCCGAUGCGCUCGCGACGCUCCGGCGUCUCCUGCAUCGCUUACCACAACAAGAUCUACGUGAUCGGCGGCUUCAACGGGAUAUCACGAAUGUGCAGCGGUGAGGUGUACGACCCGACUGCCAAUACCUGGGCUCCAGUGCCGGACAUGUACAACCCCAGGAGCAACUUCGCCAUUGAGGUCAUCGACGACAUGAUCUUCGCCAUUGGAGGCUUUAACGGCGUCACCACCAUCUACCACGUCGAGUGUUAUGACGAGAGGACUAAUGAGUGGUACGAAGCUACCGAUAUGAACAUCUACCGGUCGGCGUUGUCAGCAUGCGUGAUCAUGGGCCUGCCGAAUGUGUACGACUAUAUCCACAAGCAUCGCGAGCGCUUGAUGGAAGAGAAGCGGCAGAAGAUCCUGCUGUCGGAGACUGCGAGGCAUGGCCAGCACCGCACUGCGUUACCCGAUGUCCACCUGAUCGAAGACAACGACGAUAUGCUGGAACAACUGGGGCUGAUGGAGAACCGAGCGGCCAACGAGGUGGCGCCGCCCCCGCCCCCGCCGCUACCCCCCCAACCCAUGGAGCAGGAUUGACUGCUCACAACCCUUCCCCCCUAGUCAUAAUAUCCAAUCAAGAUUCCGGUACUAAUAUUAACUACCUGUCUCGUCUAAGGUAUCCUACAUACUAAUCAGUAAGAUAAUGAAGAUUUAGUAAAAAAAAAACAGUUGUAGUCAAGUUACAUAAUAAUUAUCUACUAACUUACGUAAAAUUAUUAAGUAACAUUUAUUUUUAAAAUAUUUACAAUUAUUGUAGCAAUUUUGGUUUAUUUAUUAAUGUUGUGAUAUUUUCCUAAUGUGAAUCAUACCUGAAUUUUUGGAACAUUUUUGAAAAUUGUAUAAAAUUUUUCGGACAAGUAUAUUGUACUUAUUAACUCCAUAUAUUGGUUGUUUUAUUUCUUAAUAUUA